CAGCGUACUUCUCUUGAGUUGUUUUCUCUUUCAUGUUUACUGUGUGAUCUUUUAUCAUGUUAAAAUCAACAAAUAUCAACGGAAUUUUAUGAGUUUAUUUGCCACAUGUUCCGUGGUACAUUAAUACAUUUAACACUGGGUAAAUACACUUUAUGGAUUUGUUUAAUUUUGGCAAUGAGGUCAUAAUCUUUACCAAAUUGAAAAUCAUUCUGCCGUUGUUCUGAAGGUCUAAAAAAGGGUCCAUGCCGCUCUAAUGGCAGUAUAGAAGUGUACCACAGUGUCGGUUUAGAAGAAAACACUACAGCCGGAUUAUUCUCAGUGAAAGCCCUGAAACCUUUAUGCAGGUGGCACGCUGUGUUUGCUAAGGAAACCUCAAGCUUUGGCAUUGUAACUGAACAUGUACCAGCAGGUGUGCGACAUCCGAGUAUGUGAAGCUCUAAAAGUGACAUGAAAGAGAUGAUUUUUCUCCUGGAGGUUUAUUCUGAAGGAUUUCUUUAACCUCGUCAAUCAUCAACUCCCUCAGUCAUCACUCAGUCUGCAAUGCCGCGGUCGUUCCUUGUCAGGAGUAAAAGGACUCAUCUACUCAGGUUAUCUAAGGACUCCUAUAGACGACACUCCCAGCCCCGAACAGAUGCCUGCCAGCCUGAGCAGCAUGUGAUAGGACAGGACAGGAAGGGUCCUGAAGACGCUGUGCAGCCUUCGUCCCCCAUGUUAGGGGUCAAAGACUUUCUGGCUAAAGCCUGCUCACCAUGGGAUGGGCCGGCAGUCCGGUCUCGCAGCGCACCCAAAGAUGAUCCUUGGCCUUCAGCCCCUGAGGAGAGCAGAGAUGCUCCUCUGCCAGACAGACACCAGGCAUCUGAGAGAGAGAGACAGCUGGAGCGACUGGUCUACAUGUUACUCAACCACACAUCACAUACUGACCUCAGAUCCCCCGUCAGCGAGUGUCCGCUCUGUGAAAAGUCUCUUUCAGAAGUCUUACCAUCAGGAGGUGGCCUGCAGACUCAUCUUCACAACACCCUCUCUGUCCCUUUGAUAAGAUCACCCUCUGCCAGCGACGUGCCCCAUGAGCCCGUUGGCUUUAGAGCAUUAGGCAGCUACGGUAGAGCUAAGGAGCGUAACUUUGGCUGCAAGGUGUGCGGAAAGGCCUUCAAGCGCUCGUCCACCCUGUCCACACACCUGCUCAUCCACUCAGACACGCGGCCCUACCCCUGCCAGUACUGCGGAAAAAGGUUCCACCAGAAGUCAGACAUGAAGAAGCACACCUUCAUACACACAGGUGAGAAACCACAUGUGUGCAAGGUGUGCGGUAAAGGAUUCAGCCAAAGCUCCAACCUCAUCACCCACAGCAGAAAGCACAGCAGCUACCGGCCGUUCAUCUGCCUCCGCUGUCAGCACAGCUUCCUGCGCAGGGUUGACCUGCAGCGCCACCAAGAGACACAGUGUGACUAUGCAGACAUGUACUCUCAAAACUGAGUCCUCGAAGCAACGCAGUUGCUGGCUAAACUGUGUGAAAUGGCAUUUGUAAAUAAUUUUCAAUCAUUCAUAAUUGCAAAAGUCGGAAAGAAAUGCAUCAAGUAAUGGCUUUCAGGCUGGGAAACGGAGGGUUAAUAAAACUUGAUUUAUUGUGUAA